CCGCCCACAGGUAAUACGUCUCUGUGAAGAAGACUGAACGUUGUCACCGUCAGGACACCGGCCUACCCGCAGAGUUGGUCAAAUCUAAUCGACCCACACUUAAUAACAUUUCCAGCCAUGGCGACGACGGCAUUGAGGUCGGUGCUAAAGGCAAAGGUCCCGCUUAAAGUUGGCCACAUGUGCUACUCCUCCUCAGUGCCCACCACCAAGCUGUUCAUUGAUGGGAAGUUUGUUGAAUCAAAGACUUCAGAAUGGAUGGAUAUUCACAAUCCUGCUACCAACGAGGUGAUCUCCCGUGUACCCAAAGCCACGCAGGAGGAGAUGUUGGCUGCUGUGGACUCGUGCUCCAGAGCCUUUCGCUCCUGGUCCGAGACGUCCAUCUUGGCACGGCAGCAGGUCUUUCUGCGCUAUCAGCAGCUUAUCAAGGACAACAUUAAAGAACUUGCCAAAGCCAUCACAGUGGAACAGGGCAAGACCCUUGCAGAUGCAGAGGGGGAUGUAUUCAGAGGAUUGCAGGUUGUGGAGCACGCCUGCAGCAUCACCUCUCUGAUGCUCGGGGAAACUCUGCCCUCCAUCACCAAGGACAUGGACACCUACACUUUCCGCCUGCCCCUUGGGGUGUGUGCUGGGAUCGCGCCUUUCAACUUCCCUGCCAUGAUCCCUCUAUGGAUGUUCCCCAUGGGCAUGGUGUGCGGCAACACCUACUUGUUGAAGCCCUCAGAGCGGGUGCCAACCUGCGCCAUGCUACUGGCCAAGAUGCUGCAGGAUGCCGGUGCACCAGACGGGGCGCUCAACAUCAUCCACGGCCAACACGCUGCUGUGAAUUUCAUCUGUGACCAUCCGGCCAUCAAGGCAAUCAGCUUUGUUGGCUCAAACCAAGCUGGGGAGUAUAUUUAUGAGAGGGGCUCUAAAAAUGGCAAGAGGGUCCAGUCGAAUAUGGGAGCCAAGAACCAUGGUGUGGUGAUGCCUGAUGCCAACAAGGAGAACACUCUGAACCAGCUUGUGGGUGCAGCGUUUGGGGCAGCAGGACAGCGCUGCAUGGCUCUGUCCACAGCCAUCCUGGUGGGCGAGGCGCGGAGUUGGCUGCCAGAGCUGGUGGAGCGUUCCAAGGCUCUGCGCGUGAACGCAGGAGACCAGCCUGGUGCAGACGUGGGGCCUCUGAUCUCUCCCCAGGCCAAGGAGAGAGUCUGCAGUCUGGUCCAGAGUGGUGUGGAUGAGGGAGCUAAGCUGCUCCUGGAUGGCCGAAACGUCAAGGUCAAGGGUUACGAGAACGGCAACUUUGUAGGUCCCACCAUCAUCGCCAAUGUCACACCUGCGAUGAAGUGCUACACUGAAGAGAUCUUUGGGCCGGUGUUGGUCAUCCUGGAGGCAGACACAUUGGAUGAUGCCAUCAGUUUGGUCAACAGGAACCCCUAUGGCAACGGUACAGCCAUCUUCACCACAAAUGGCGCCACUGCACGCAAAUACACUCACGAGGUGGACGUGGGCCAGGUUGGAGUCAAUGUCCCCAUCCCUGUUCCACUGCCCAUGUUCUCCUUCACUGGAUCAAGAGGAUCCUUCAGAGGGGACAUGAACUUCUAUGGAAAACAAGGCAUCCAGUUCUACACACAGACCAAAACUGUGACCUCGCAAUGGAAAGCUGAAGAUGCCACCUUGAAAAGUCCUGCUGUCACCAUGCCUACAAUGGGACGCUAAAUACUCCAUCCAAGCGCUGCUGUUCAUUCUGAUAAAAACCCAGACACCCUUCUUCCACACGCAAAACAGACUUGUGUGUUCAAUGUGAAUAGUUCAUAAUGCAAUUUAUUACAUAAUACUUUAUUACAUAAGACUUUUACAUUAGAUGUGUAUGUAAAGAUACUAUGUACUGAACUGUAAACCACUGUGGCCAAGAUUUUAACAAAGCAAACUGUACAGUUGAGGCAAUGUUACUGGAUCAAUGUCAUUUCCUCAAAUACACCAGUAUUGAAACUCUUGUG